AUGAUCACAGAAAAGGUGCGGCAGAGCUGCGCAAAGAGCUUCCAAGCGCUGGAGCAAACCAGCAAAGGUCUGCGUGACUCUGCGCGACGGUGCACCAAGACUCUGGUCGUGACGCCUUUGAAACGGGCGCGGGGUUUGUCAGCUUGUGAGCGAGGAACAGCGGAUGGCGAGCUGAUAGAUGGGGCACUCCCCGUCAACUUGAAGCUUCCCAAAGAGAUCCUCGUAGAGGAGCUCAGCCUGCGCGCCGGUCUAAUCAAGCUGGUGAUCACAGACACAAGCUAUCGAAGCGAGGAAGAGCACUGCAACUUCUCGUUUCUCAGAAUAUUGACCGAGGUUCCCUGGGAAGACGUCGAGAUAGAAGGGACCUCUUGUGGGCAGCGCUGUAGAACCUCCUGUAGAACGACGUGGGAGGACGAGUACCCAAAGAAGAUAGUCUCUGCGUGUGCAACUGGCCUCAAGAGACUGGUCAUUACAGGGUUUCACUUCCGGUUCGAGCGUACUGUCUUCAGCUUCUUGGAACGCUUUCCCAAGCUCGAAGCUCUGACCUUGGAAGGCUUAUCCAUGGCACGCCAUGAUCUAGAUUACGACUUCGUUGUGAAGCACGAACAUUUGGCGAGCUUGAACAUCGCAGGCUUGUAUUGCCCUUACCUUGGAGUUGGAGUCUUCCUUACCCCGGAGUAUCAACCCGACGUAGACUUCCCAUUUGCUCUCGUCUCAGCAAACCUCCCCAGUCUUCGGCACCUGAGCGCAACCGUAUACGAUGCCGGUAGUAGGAUGAGCAGCCGUCGGAUGUGCCCAAGUCCACUGUUGGUCAAUAUCCCUGGGUUUACUUUCCCAAACACUUUACGGGUUCUAGAGCUCUACUGGCGCCACUUUUCUUACGUGGACUUCAGACCCGCGUCGUUGUAUGAGAUGCUCGAGAAAGACUGCCCCCAACUGCAGGAGCUUCAUGUCAGGAUGGAUACUCCGUCGUCAAAGAACGCAAAAGAGCGGACUCUAAAAUGGGUCUCCGAGCAGGAAAAACCACUGGAAGGGUGUCCUGAACUGAGGGAACUCACUUUUGAGAUGUCGGAAAACGGGGGAAAGUGGGAGUGUGUGAAGACACUCCGAAGAAUCUGCAGACUGCGGAACCCAGGCUUUGUUUGA